AGAGUCUGGACGUUUCCACGCUGUUUAUAAAGAAUACAGUUGGAGUGCGAGCCGCACACGUUCAGGCAGGACACGGACUGCUAAAGAGCACCAAAACUUUAUUAGAAUAUAUAAAACUAAAAAAUAGGGCAAGGGCCGCUGGACGGGCAAGAUGGGCAAGGACUACUAUGACAUUUUGGGAAUCAAGAAAGGAGCAUCAGAGGACGACAUAAAGAAAGCUUAUCGUAAGCAGGCUUUGCGUUUCCACCCCGACAAGAACAAAUCACCAGGAGCGGAGGAGAAAUUUAAAGAAAUCGCUGAAGCUUACGAUGUUUUGAGCGACCCAAAGAAGAAGGACAUUUAUGAUCGUUUUGGAGAGGAAGGGUUGAAAGGUGGCGGAGGACCAACAGGGGGCAGUGGACCUGGCACCUUCAGCUACACCUUUCAAGGGGAUCCUCAUGCCAUCUUUGCAGAGUUCUUUGGUGGGCGUAAACCUUUUGAGCAGUUUUUUGGUGCUCGCAAUGGAGGUAUGGAGGAGGACAUGGACACUGAUGACCCGUUUUCUCGAUUUGGGAUGGGCGGCGGCGGCGGAAUGGGUCCCGGUGGAAUGGGUGGCUUCUCACGCUCCUUCGGCCCUGGGAUGGGAGGGAUGGGAGGAAUGGGGGGUCACACUAGCGUUGUAAAGAAGCAACAAGACCCACCAGUGGUUCAUGAUCUCAGGGUGUCACUAGAAGAAGUGUUGAAUGGUUGCACAAAAAAAAUGAAGAUCUCCCGAAAAAGACUCAACCCUGACGGCAGAACAACAAGGUCAGAGGAGAAAAUCCUGGAGGUGCAGAUCAAGAAAGGGUGGAAGGAGGGCACCAAGAUCACUUUUGCCAAAGAAGGGGACGAGACGCCGAGGAACAUUCCAGCAGACGUAGUCUUCGUGUUGAAGGACAAACCUCACCCGGUGUUCAAACGGGACGGCUCUGACAUUGUUUACACUGCCAAGGUCACGCUACGUGAUGCCUUAUGUGGUUGUACAGUCCAUGCACCCACGCUGGAAGGCAGGACAGUGACCGUGACGUCCACGGACAUCAUACAGCCUGGAAUGAAGUGGCGGGUUAGCGGAGAGGGGCUGCCUUAUCCCAAGCGACCCGAUCGUCGAGGGGACUUGAUAGUUGAGUAUGAGGUGAAGUUCCCAGAAAGGCUUACUCAGAGCGCCCGGGACACCAUCGCCCAGGUUCUGCCUCGAUCCUAAACAGGACAAACUCGCUGGACUUAUACUUGGCUGCCUUUUUUUUACUUGUGAAUUGUCAUGUGGGCGUCUACAAGUUAGACUUGCAUUAGACGCAAAGAGCGACACUCCCAGGGUCAGCUCAGCCCUGGAUGUCUUUCCAUGGUCCUCUGUAGUGUAAAUAUGAGCUUUUGGAGGCUUUGCCUAUAAUAAAUGAGUGCUGCUUUUCUGAGUCUUGUUUGUAAAUUUGAUGAGUGAUAUUUUGGAGUGUUUGGUUUACGGAGUUUAUAUUUUUCAUGAAACCUGUACAAUAGAUAAGAGAACACUUGUGCCACUAUUCUACUAAAUCUUUUGUUUAGAACAAUUUUCACUGAGGAACUUUCUUUUUUUGUGAAUAAAGUUGAGCAUCCAGAUUUGCAGUGUAUGGUUCACGGUUAUGAGAUAUUUGACCGUGGAAGAACAGAUUAUUUUACUAAGAAUGAAAGCUCACACAGAGGAAUGACGCUCGGAUAAAUGAUUGCUCUGUGAGUUCUUUGACAUUGAUGAACAAUAAAGAAGGAAACGGUGCUGUUUACA